AUGCCACUUUCACCACCAUCAUCAGAAGGAAAUAGCCAAGAAAUAUUUUGUCGAUGGACUAAUUGUUAUCGUACUUUUGACGAUGCAGAAUCAUUAUACGCUCAUCUUUCAACCGAUCAUGUAGGACGUAAAUCUAUGGGAAAUUUAUGUCUUAAUUGUCAUUGGGGGGAUUGCGAUAUAAAAACAUCUAAAAGAGACCACAUAACAAGUCAUUUACGUGUUCAUGUACCAUUAAAACCACACCUAUGUCAGACAUGUAAAAAAGCCUUUAAAAGACCUCAAGAUUUAAAAAAACAUUAUAAAACUCAUACGCAAGAACAUCAGCAACAUUUAAGCAGGAAAAAUUAA